AUGGCGACAUCUGAUGCCGACGAAGCGUUGGCGUCGGCUGAUCAGGUGGCUGUUCUGCACCAGGGGUUCGUGCAUCAGGUCGGCACACCGCGGGAGUUGUAUGAACGGCCGGCCGACAUGUUCGUGGCCGGCUACCUCGGAGCGCCCCCGAUGAACCUCGUCCCAGGCUUCCCCGUCGAAGGCGGAAUCGAGACACCUCUGGGAUUAGCCAACCUUUCCCGGGCGGCGUUGCAGGGAGUCGGUGAGCGUGAGGUUGUCGUUUUAGGAAUCAGGCCAGAGCACCUCAGUGAGGCUGCGACGCCGAACGCUUUUACGUUUGAGGCGUCUAUUGACGACUCCGAGUGGCGUGGGCGCAGCCAGUUCGCGUACGUCGGUUACGACAUCGCCCCGGCUGUCGAAGCGGUCCUGUCCGAAGUCGAAGAACUCAUCGAGUUCGACCUAUUCCAGAGUUUCGUGAUGGCAGAACUGCCGGCGGACCGGGCCUUAGAAACGGGUCGAGGCGUGACGUUGUCGGUGGCUGCCAAAGAUCUGCACGUGUUCGACCCGGUCACGGGUGAAAAUCUGACGCACGGUACAUCUGG